AUCGCUAUAAAUUCGAGUUACGGUUCAAGAAGUUGCUUAGGCAACACCAGAACUUUCCACGAAACGAGAAUCUUCGCGAAGACCCCGCAACCCUAUAAAUAAACUCCAGAUUCUCGCGCUUUCCUUCUUCACUAAUCAAUUAUCCGUCUAUCUCCUCUUACAAUAUUGCAAUCUUCGUUUCGUUGCGCUCCGUCUCUUUGAUCAAAAUCAAAAGAGGGAAGGAAGAAUAAAAUAAUAAUGGAGUCUUUUACUUCGUUCUUCGAUUCUUCCCGAACCCGCUGGAGCUACGAUGCUCUCAAGAACUUCCAUCAGAUCUCUCCCGUAGUUCAGAAUCAUCUCAAGCAGGUUUAUUUUACGCUAUGUUGCGCUGUGGUUGCUUCAGCUGUUGGUGCUUACCUUCAUGUGCUGUGGAAUAUUGGAGGUUUACUCACUGCUUUGGCUUCCAUUGGAAGCUAUGUGUGGUUGAUGUCCACACCUCCUUUUGAAGAGCAAAAGAGGGUUACUUUGUUGAUGGUUUCGGCCCUGUUUCAAGGUGCCUACAUUGGACCUCUUAUUGAUCUGGCUAUUCAAGUUGAACCAAGCCUUAUCUUUACUGCGUUUGUGGGAACUUCCUUGGCCUUUGCAUGUUUCUCAGCGGCAGCUUUGGUUGCAAAGCGAAGGGAGUACCUCUACCUUGGCGGCAUGCUUUCUUCUGGGUUGUCUGUUCUUAUGUGGCUGCACUUCGCUUCCGCCAUCUUUGGUGGUUCGAUAGCACUUUUUAAGUUUGAGUUGUAUUUUGGACUCUUGGUAUUUGUGGGUUACGUGAUCGUGGAUACCCAAGAAAUAAUUGAGAGGGCACACUUUGGUGAUCUAGAUUAUGUGAAGCAUGCCAUGACUCUGUUUACUGAUUUGGCUGCAAUCUUUGUGCGGAUUCUUGUUAUAAUGUUGAAGAAUUCGGUUGAGAAAAAUGAGAAAAAGAAUAAGAGGAAA